AUAUGAUCACUAUGAAAAAAUUUUUUAAAAUCAUUCAAAUGUGUUAUAUUAUGGUUUAUAUUUGUUUUAAUGCCAUAUUUUCAAAUGGAUGGGGUCAUGGCAGUAUCUACUGUGGACUUUAAUCCUAAUUUAGUUAAAAAUACAUAUUAUUUGUCAAUUACAAUAUUUAAAAUUAAUUAUUCUAUUUUAAAUUAAUUUUAUAAUAUUUUAGUUGUUUUAUCGCAUCUUUGAUCUCCUAUAGUACUUGUUUUAAAAUAAAGAUGAAUAUUAUCGUGUCAAAGUUUCUUGCUAGUACUUGUUUGUUUGGCUCUGCCAUACUUGGUUGUUUCAUUCCUUCAAUUAUACGAAAAACUAUAAAAAAUGAAGGUUCCGAACCCCAAACUUCUAAAAAAGAAGGAAUCAUGUGUCUCUGUAAUUGCCUUGCCGCAGGUUUUAUAAUGGGUAUGACGUUUUUGCAUAUGUUUCCAGAGACUGCUGAGCAAUGUUCUUCGAGUGGACUGUUCAUAAAGAUUAAGGAAAAUAAGUUAAAUUUAACAUUUGUCAUAAUGCUUUCGUCAUUUUCAAUCAUGUUGUUUUUAGAGCGUGUUUUAUCCUUUGGAAGGACACCUUGUUGUUCUGUGUUUAAUGAUUGUAAGGAUAACACAAAGUGUUGUGUACCAAUUGAUGAGGAAUCGCUUGUUAAUUGUGGAAUUAAAACUGAGGAGGCCAUUAUUAACCAGUCAGACCACGCCAUUAAACCUUGUCCUUCUCCCAGAUAUAAACAUAAACAUAAUCAAAUCCUUGCAACUAUCAAAAAUCUUCUCUGUCCCAUCUGUGACUGUAAUGGACUCUGCAUUACACUUGCACUCUUCUUACAUUCAGUUUUCGAAGGACUGGUUGUUGGACUUGAGGAUCAUGAUGUUCAUAUGUGGUUGAUUACUGUGGCUAUAGUAUUGCAUAAGUGGGCUGCUGGCAUGGCGUUAGCUUCAUUUUUAGUUGGUAACACUAAGACUACUACGUAUGCCAUGUUUGCUAUUUUUUGUCUGGGGUCUCCUCUUGGUGUUCUAAUUGGUUCACUCAUUUUGGACUCUAACCUGAAGGUAAUCGCAGUUUUAAACGCUAUCGCUCUUGGUACUCUUGUUUAUGUCGGAUUUGAGAUUAUCGUCCAUGAACUUUUCUGUGAAAUCAAGUGUAAGAGAACUGCUCUCUACAAGUGGAUCUCCUUCAUGCUCGGCAUCACGCUCAUCUUCUCAACUCUAAUCCUGGAAUUUUUCUUAUCAAAUCAUGAUCACUAAUAUAAAGUAUUCCCGUGUUA